GGAUCAACUUCUCUGCUCUGCACUUGGGAGGCUCCGUUUCCUGCUCGUGGAGGGAGACGCGCUGCAGAGGAGAACCCCGGCGGGUAAUGAAUCCCCCGCGCUUCUUUGCCCAGGCCUUCCCCAAACCUCCUCCAGUCUGCGCGGGUUCUCCUAUGGGACUGUGGUGAAGGCAAGGAGAACAUUUCAGAAUAGGAAUAGGCCAAGUGCUGAGAAGAUGAGUCUUAGGAUUGAUUCGAAUACAAACUUUCCGGAGUGUGUUGUAGAUGCAGGAAAAGUCAUCCUUGGGACUCGGCGGAGGCAGGAGAUGGACCCUCGCCUGCGGGAGAAACAGAAUGAAAUCAUCCUGCAAGCAGUAUGUGCUCUGCUGAAUUCUGGUGGAGGCAUAAUCAAGGCUGAGAUUGAGAACAAAGGCUACAAUUAUGAAAGUCAUGGAGUAGGAUUGGAUGUGCCUCCAAUUUUCAGAAGCCAUUUAGAUGAGAUGCAGCAAGAAAACCACUUUUUGAUUUUUGUGAAAUCAUGGAACACAGAGGCUGGUGUGCCACUUGCUACCUUAUGCUCCAAUUUGUACCACAGACAGAGAACAUCCACUGAUAUCAUGGAUUCUCAGGAAGCUCUGGCAUUCCUCAAAUGGAGGACUCAGACUCUUAUGAAUAUUAAUGUUUCCAAUUCAUUAAGUCCACAGGCAGCUCAGAGUAGUGUACAAUAUGAAGGUAACACAAAGGCCUUAGCUGCUGCUUUAUUUGAUAGAAAGCGGCUUCAGUAUCUGGAAAAACUCAACUUUUCUGAGUCCAAACAUGUUGAAUUUGUAAUGUUCUCAACAGACGUGUCACACUGUGUUAAAGACAGACUUCCGAAGUGUGUUUCUGCGUUUGCAAAUACUGAAGGAGGAUAUGUAUUUUUUGGUGUGCAUGAUGGGACUUGUCAAGUGAUCGGAUGUGAAAAAGAGAAAAUAGACCUUACUAGCUUGAGGGCUUCUAUUGAUGGCUGUAUUAAGAAGCUACCUGUCCAUCAUUUCUGCACACAGAGGCCUGAGAUACAGUAUGUCCUUAACUUCCUUGAAGUGCAUGAUAAGGGGGCCCUUCGUGGAUAUGUCUGUGCAAUCAAGGUGGAGCAAUUCUGCUGUGUGGUGUUUGCCAAAGCGCCUAGUUCCUGGCAGGUGAAGGACAACCGUGUGAGACAAUUGCCCACAAGAGAGUGGACUGCUUGGAUGAUGGAAGCAGACCCAGAUCUUUCCAGGUGUCCUGAGAUGGUCCUUGCGUUGAGUUUGUCAUCUGCCACACCCCGUAGCAAGACCGUGUGCAUUCAUAAGAAUUUGGAAUGUCUGAAAGAGCAGCAGAAACACUACUUCCCAGUAUUUUCAGACAGAGUGGUGUAUACUCCAGAAAGCCUCUACAAGGAACUCUUCUCACAACAUAAAGGACUCAGAGACUUAAUAAAUACAGAAAUGCGCCCUUUCUCUCAAGGAAUAUUGAUUUUUUCUCAAAGCUGGGCUGUGGACUUAGGUCUGCAAGAGAAGCAGGGAGUCAUCUGUGAUGCUCUUCUAAUUUCCCAGAACAACACCCCUAUUCUCUAUACCAUCUUCAGCAAGUGGGAUGCAGGGUGCAAGGGCUAUUCUAUGCUGGUUGCUUAUUCUUUGAAGCAGAAGCUGGUAAACAAAGGCGGCUACACUGGGAGGUUAUGCAUUACCCCCUUGGUCUAUGUGCUGAAUUCUGAUCGAAAAGCACAGAGCAUUUACGGUUCAUAUUUACAAAUUUACCCUGAAUCCUAUAACUUCAUGACCCCCCAGCACAUGGAAGCCCUGUUACAGUCCCUUGUGAUAGUCUUGCUUGGGUUCAAAUCCUUCUUAAGUGAAGAGCUGGGCUCUGAGGUUUUGAACCUACUGACAAAUAAACAGUAUGAGUUGCUUUCAAAGAAUCUUCGCAAGACCAAAGAGUUGUUUGUUCAUGGCUUACUUGGAUCAGGGAAGACCAUCUUGGCUCUUAAGAUCAUGGAGAAGAUCAAGAAUGUGUUUCACUGUGAACCGACUAACAUUCUCUACAUCUGUGAAAAUUACCCCCUGAAGAAGUUGGUGAGCAAGAAAAACAUCUGCCAGCCAGUGACCCGGAAAACCUUCAUGAAAAACAACUUUGAACACGUCCAGCACAUUGUCAUUGAUGACGCUCAGAAUUUCCGCACUGAAGAUGGAGACUGGUAUGGGAAAGCAAAGUUCAUCACUCAGACAGCAAGAGAUGGCCCAGGAGUUCUCUGGAUCUUUCUGGACUACUUUCAGACCAAUCACUUGAGUUGCAGUGGCCUCCCACCUCCCUCAGACCAGUAUCCAAGAGAAGAGAUCACCAGAGUGGUCCGCAGUGCAGAUCCAAUAGCCAAUUACCUACAACAAAUAAUGCAGGAAGCCAGACAAAAUCCUCCACCUAACCUCCCCCCUGGGUCCCUGGUGAUGCGUUAUGAACCUAAAUGGGCUCAAGGUGUCCCAGGCAACUUAGAGAUUAUUGAAGACUUGAACUUGGAGGAGAUACUGGUCUAUGUAGCGGAUAAAUGCCGUUUCCUCUUGCAGAAUGGUUAUGCUCCGAGGGAUAUUGCUGUGCUUUUCACCAAAGCAAGUGAAGUGGAAAAAUGUAAAGACAGGCUUCUAACAGCAAUGAGGAAGAGAAAAAUAUCUCAGCUCAAUGAGGAAUGUGAUCUGUUACUACAGGUCGGUGACGCAUUGGAUGUUCUGACCAAUCACAUUGUGUUGGACAGUGUCUGUCGAUUUUCUGGCCUGGAAAGAAAUAUCGUAUUUGGAAUCAAUCCAGGAGUAACCCAACAAGCUGGGGUCUACAAUCUUCUGCUCUGUUUGGCUUCUAGGGCAAAAAGACAUCUGUAUAUUCUGAAGGCUUCUGUGUGACAGGAAAACCCAAGCCUAAGAAACAAUUAAGUGAUUCUCAUCUCUAAUUAACUGUGAAACCAUUUGAUCCAAACAUGUAGGCACACACUCACUUAUUAAGUCACGUACUUUUCUAGGUGCUGGGGAUUGAGGACGAAUCGAUGUAAGAUUUCUCCUUUAGGGCAGAGACAUACCACUGACAAGUACAUAGAUAGACAAGGAAUUUCCCAUAGUAAUAAGGGAUAUCAGUAAUUAGAGGACCGUGAGACUCAGAGGGGUGUGUGUGUGUGUGUGUAGGUAGAUGGAGGGAGGGGGUGGUUAUUUUGGGUGGUCAGGGAAGUGUUCAGUAAGGGAAGAACUUGUCAUGAGAAUCUCUGAGUGUGCCAGGCAGACUCAGAUAUUUUCAUUACUUUUUAACAUGGCCGUGUGCAGAAAAGUUUGAAUGGGUUGUGCAGGGAGAAUGUGAAGGAUGGAGCGGGUAGCUCAUCUGGCCUUGUAUGUGCCAGGAACAGGAGAGACAUGUUUUGAAAUGUAAGAUCACAGGCUGUUUUUUGCAAGACCACAUUAUAUUACUUUAUUAUUUUCUGCUUUUUCUUUUAACGGCAUUAGUGUUUUUGAUCACUAUAUUUUAAAACGCUUUUUGUGUGCCUUUUGGUUAUUUGGAAUCUGUUCCUUAGCUCUAAUUUUUUAUUCUUAUGGAGCAUCUUAGGUUACUACAUGAAGGUAAGACUGCCACAGUCCCCCAGGGAGACACGAUGUGUUUUACUGAUUGAUUUGAAGAUGACAGAGGGCCUAGGGGGAUGAAUGUAUUGGACUCAAAGUUUGCAUUUUGUUUUUCCAUUUAAUUUAAUAAUCAACAAAACGACAAAGUCAGUUUAAUAUCUUUCUUCUGCUGAGUCUUCAGGAUUUUAGCUAGUCUUUCAAAAGUCAUUGCUACAAAAGUGCGUAUUUCUCAUUUCCCGUGGGUCUCUAGAAACUCUCUCAAUAUUUAAAGCCAAACAAAUUCAUCUUUUCUGAGAGACAGAAACUAAAAAAUUCAGAGUUAAUUCACUAUUAAAAGCAGCAAGGCCCUGCUAUUCCCCAAGAGUAAAGAAAUUUAAAAUUCUCAUUGUAAGAAGUAGGAACUUGAAGCUAGCGUUGGUUUAUUUCUGGCAGCUACUUACAAUAUUAAAAACUUUACUUUUUAAAUUUAAGACAGUUUCACAGGAAAGCAUGAAAUUAGUCUAUUGUGAAAUAUUUUUACAACUAACUUGGAAUAUACUGCAAAUCACUAGUAAGUAGAGACACAUUUAAGAUAAAAUGACUAAUAAAGCAGUUGGUAAUUCUGAAUAAAGAUCUGAAUAAAUCCAGAUCACAGACUGUUCCUUUACCAAUAUGUAAACGAAUGUGCAAAAUUGGUAAAAAUAUAGCCAAAAAUUUACCAGCAACAGAGAAGCAAAGAAUGGAGUUCAAACUUACACUAUAAACAUCUAAUAGAUAUGUGUGAAAAUUUAAAAACUGGAAUAGGUUGGGCAUGGUGGUUCAUGCUUGUAAUCCCAGGACUUUAGGAGGCUGAAGUGGGAGGACUGUUUGAGCUCAGGAGUUCAAGACCAGUUUGAGCAACAUAGCAAGACUCUGUCUCUACAAAAACAAACAAACAAAUAAAUAAAUAAAAUUAGCUGGGAAUGGUAGUGUGCACCUGGAGUCCUGGCUACUCAGAAGGCUGAGGAAGGAUUAUUUGAGCCCAGGAGUCUGAGGUUACAGUGAGCUGUGAUCAUACCAGUGCACCAGUCUGGGUGACAGAACAAGACCCUGUCUCUAAAAAAUAAAUAAAUAAAAUAAAAAAUAGAAUUUAAAAGUUUUAUAUAAAGGCAUAGCUACUAUCUCACCUGCCCAGUGUAGUCAUGAAUAGAUGUCACAUAAAGAAAAGAAAACCAGAAUUCUUGUUAAUAUGGCAAUUUGAAGGGUGGUGGUGGAGGUAUUGAGCAGGCAGCUCAGGGAAACAUCAGGGAGACCCUUGAGCACAAAAACUCCUGAUUGUCCCCAAGCAGUCUUCGUGGAUACAGGAGGGGUUUUCCAGGACUUCACGUGAAUUCAGUGAAGGGAGCUGUGUCUUAUUCCUGGAUGCUUUGCCUCCUUCAGGGAAGUCAGUGGAUUUAAUGGAAUUUCCUAGGCAACAAUAAAGAGUAGAAACCAGGUUAACAGCGAGACCCUCAUCUCACACCAGAUCAGAUCAGGCUACAGAAAAGUAGAUGGAAGACACCACCUAGGCCUCCAGCUACACACUGGAGAAGAAGCCAAACAAGUCUACUUCAUCUAAGAAAGUUGCCAAAGAGCCCUUCUAUACUAUCUUAGGGUAAAAAGAAAGACUCUACCCAGCUGCCCUGAGUAAGCAUUAGAAAGAUAAGUGGUCUGAUCAUUAGGCAGAAAGACAAUGGGGAAAAAUGUAGCAAAGAAACAUGGCAUGAACCAGAUGAAGAACCCAUCCUGAAAGGAUUAUAACUCAGGGUACAAAAGACAGCUCACCACAGGUUGGGCACAGUGGAUCACACCUGUAAUCCCAGCACUUUAGGAGGCCAAGGCAGGUGGAUAACCUGAGGUCAGGAGUUCAAGACCAGCCUGGCCAACAUGGUGAAAUCCUGUCUUUACUAAAAAGGCAAAAAUUAGCUGGGUGUGGUGGUGCACCCCUAUAAUACCAGCUACUCGGAAGACUGAGGCAAGAGAAUUGCUUGAACCAAGGAAGCAGAGGUUACAGUGAGCCAAGAUCGCACCAUUGUAAUCCAGCCUGGGCUACAAAGUGAGACCCUGUCUGAAAAAACAAACAAAACCUCCCCAUGGAUGUCUCAUGCCGUAGAAGAACUUGAGAAGUUCAUAAAUUCAGUAACACAAGAGUUGAAAGCCUGUCCCACUGUACCCAAGUUAUCCUUCUCUGAACUGCAGCCUAGAAACUCUCUACAAACAGUAAGCUGGGGCAGUCACAGAGGUGACCUCAUCUGUUUCCCACAUGCUGCAUUAGGACAGGGAUCAGGGAUCAGUAUCCUUCACUGACUGAUUUCCAAUAUCUUGAGAACUGUUGUUUCAUAUAUUUUGUCUGAUUUUGCAGUUGUUUCAGGAGGGAGGAUAAAUAUGGUCCCUGUUCCUCUAUCUUAACCAGAAGCAUCUAAGAAGGCAGUGAAACAACAUGUGUAUAGUUCUUAGGGAAAUAAAUUUUGACCUAAAAAUAUUAAACCUAUCAAAAUAUUAUUCUAGUACAAAGGCAACACAUGUGUAUUUUUGAACAUAAAAUAGUUCUAGAAAUAUAGGACCCAUGAAUCAUUCUUGAAGAAAAAUUACUUAGUAAGGAAAUCUAGAUAAGCAAGCAAUAUGUGAAAAUAAAAGAUUAUUGCAAUUGGGCCAAAGUUAAGUUUAAAUCCAUUCACAUGUAUAUAAUUAAGAUAUGUAGGAAUUAUAAUUACAGAAAAGAAUGUUACAAACAUAUCAGAUAGAUUCUUCUGUUUCAAUCCAUAAAACCAGGGUUUGGAUCAUUUAAACAAACAAACAAAAGUAAUUUAUUGGAAUCAUUAGGGAGGACCUGAUAGAAUAAAAGGACAAGCUGACCAAAUAGGCCUUAGAGGGGAGAGGUGCCUGGGAAGUUACAAGGACCUACGUGGCAGGGGUGACUCGGCCACAGUCAUUUUCUUUACUUGAUUUAAGAAGGUUAAAUUACAGUGAGAGAGUUGCAUUAUCUAGUUUGCAUACUGUACUCAACUCUUAGCCCGCAAAGGGCAAGUUCCUUGGUUGAAAAAUUUCCACAAAACAUGAUGUAAAGUGGAAAGAUGUUCCCCCAAAGAAUAUCAGUAGGAUGAAAGGAUGUUGGAUACAUCAAAACAACAAAUAUCCAUUAUAGCAAUUAACAAAAGUUAGGGAGUGGGGAAGUUUGAGUGCUAAUAUGUAUUUCAAAACAACUUUAAAAAUGGGUCCAAACAUUUUAUGCUUUUUGCAAUUUAGUCAUUUUAAUAUUAGAUAAAUCUUCCUGUAACUAAAAGUUCUUGAGUUAAAUAAAAAUAUUCUGCAGUUCAGCUCUUCCUUCAAUUUUAUUAGUUGCUUUUUCUUUCAUUCAAGUGAAAUAAAUGUAAAAAUAAUUUCAAAAUAGUAUGUAAAAUAGUAUGUUCACAUUAUUUGAUUUAACAUAAUUCUAUCUAGCUGUUCUUAUAUUUUCUGUGAUAUAUUUUUAAAGCUUUCUGGAAUAUUAUUAAUCUUGAUUUCUAGUUGAUGAGUUUAUGAGUGAUUUGUUGCUUCCUUUUCUCUUUCAGUAUUGCUAGAAUUAAUUUUAUUGACUUUGCACCUUUGUGUAAAAACCUUGAAGGUCACAUGCUGAAAUUGCCCUCUACUAAAACAAACUCAUAGUAAUAAUGGGGAAGAUAUUUUAAAGCAUUGCCAUAAGCAUAGCCAUCCUCACAAACAAGAAAAGCACCUCUCCAUGAACUAACACCUAUGAGGCAUUCGUACAGGUAGGGAAGAGCUAGGUAAACCACAGUAAUACACUGAGGCUGGCACCGCCACAGGCCAAGACAACCGUUGUCACAAAGCCAGGAAAGAAUCUUCCAGUCAGAAAGUGUUGCCAUGAGGCUGAGGCCAAAUUCAUUUUGCCCCCAGUUGGCCAGACCAAGGACUAGAACUAAAAUACUCAUACCUCAGGGUUUGUCAGCAUUGGCACUGUUGGCUUUUUGGGCUGGACAACCCUUUAUUGUGAGAGGCUUCUCUACGCACUAUAGGAUGUUUAGCAGCAUCCUUGGCCCUACUCCCUAGAUGCCAGUAGCAAAUCCACCACCCUCCCUCCCCUACCCCAGGGUUGGUUGUCUGUUGUGACAACUAAAAAUGUCUCCAGAUAUUGCCAAAUGUCCCUUGGGGGGUAAAAUCACCACCACCAUACCUCUUUUGACUAAAAGAGUUUCCAGAAUAGUGGCAGAAUAUAUAGAUCAAGCAUAACACAUUACAGUCAAGAUUCAGAACAUCAAAGAUUCUUUUUUAAUCCUAAAAGGAAAAGUUUAGAAAAUCUACAAAAGAAGAGUGAAUUUGACAAUAAUUAUUUCAGUAACAAGAGUAGAUGUAAGCAGAAUACAGGCAGCAUAUUCAAACUGCUGUGGAAAGACAACAUCGAACCUAGACUUCUCUACCCAAACUCUCAUUCAGAGUCAAGGGCAAAAUAAAUAGAUUUUCUGAUUUGGAACAAGUACAAAUAAUGUACUUACAUUAUUCAUCUUCAUAUAGGGAUGGGCUAUAAGUGAUUUUUAAAAAACUUCCUGUUUGUUCCAAGUCAGAAAAACUAUUCAUAUAGGGAUGGGCUAUUAGCAAGAGUAUGUGAACAAUGUACUCUAACAAGAAAAAAAAUGAAUUGAGGAGAAAGUAGUGGUUUUAAGAAGGAAAGGAGAACAAAUAAAUUAGUGAAAUAUAUGUUAAGUCUAUACAUAUUAUUUUCUAAUUGCCUAUUAUGUGAGACUACAUGUAAUUAGAAAAUAUGAUGAAAGAAAAAGCCAUAUUAUAAUUCCAACAAAAAGAUAAAACAAUUAAGAAUAACUGCAAGAAGAAAGUAUAAGUUCUGCAAGAAUAAAACUAUACAAUGAAACUGAAGAGCACAAAAAAGAACUUAAACAGAUAAAAAGCAGACCACUUUUUGGAUAAGAAGAUUAAAAGUUAUAAAUAUAUCCAUUUUCACUAAGUUUAUCUAUAUAUUCAGUGUAAUCCCAAUAAAAAUGCCAACAGCUUUUCCCCAAUAGCAUUGAAAUGAUUUUAAAAUGUAAUGAAGGCCAAGCAUGGUGGCUCACGCCUGUAAUCCCUGCACUUUGAGAGGUCGAGGCAGGUGAAUUGCCUGAGUCCAGGAGUUCAAGACCAGCCUGAACAACAUGGUGAAAUCCUGUAUCUAUUAAAAAUGCAAAAAAUUAGCUGGGUGUGGUGGUGCGCACCUGUAGUCCUAGCUACUUGGGAGGCUGAGGUGGGAGAAUCACCCAAGCCUUGGGAGGUCAAGGCUGUAGUGAGCCAAAAUCACAUCACUGCACUCCAGUCUGGGCAGCUAGAGUGAGACCCUGUCUCAAAAGAAAAAAUAUAUAUAUAUUGGAAACUGCAAGGCAAGGAUAUCCAAGAAAAAUCUAGAAAAGAAGAAACCUGAGUGAGUUAGCAUGACCAAAUGUUAAAACAUCUUAUAAAGCUACAAUAAUUAAAACAAUGUGGUGCUGAUGUGUGGAGGGUCAAUGGAACAAGAUGGAAUGACCAAAAGUAAACUUAAAAUACAUGUUGAAAUGUAUUAACAGCAUAUGUUAAAGGUGGCAUUCAAGUUAAUUGGGGAAAGAUGGAUUAUUCAAUAUAUGAUUAACAACUCUGGUACCUAGCUAAAACAAAUUUAAGCUUGGGCCAUACCUCAGACUAAAUACCAAAAUAAAUUCCAGGAGGACCAAGUGUUUAAAAGUAAAAAUAUGGAAUCAUGGAAGUGCAUGAAGAAAAAGUAGGACUUAAAAAAAUAAUAAUCUCAGCCUGGGGAAGUUCUAAGUAUGGCCCUCAAUCAGAAACCAGGAAGGAAAAUAUUGACUAUUUUAAACAAAAUUAUCUCUGUACCAAAAACAGCAUAAAAGAUCAAGAAACAACACACUGGGAAAAGAAUAGCAACAAAUAUCACAGCCAAAUAGUUAAUUUCUUAUUUUCAAAAAAUAGCUUCUACAAAUCAAAGAUAAAAAUUCUAAGUUCUCAAAGAAAAAAUGAGCAAAGGAUUUGACAGGUGGUAGAAUACAGAAAAGGAAUUUAAAAUAGCUUCUAAACAUAUGGAAUCAUUACUCAUGAUAGCAGAAGUAUCAAUUGACAAAACUAUUCAGGUUGGUAACACACUGUUUGGCAGGGGAAAAGCACUUCCAUGCAUUGCUGUAAAUUGGUACAACUUCUACUGAGAAAAAUCUGGCAGUAGUUAUCAAAAUUGUAAAUCCUUCUAUCUCUUUCUCUAGCAAUUUCUCUUUUGGGAAUUUAUUCUACAUAUAUAUUCAAACAUGUGUGAAAUGCUCCUAUACAGGUUAUUGAAUUUCACUUUAUUCCUAAGAGCAGAAGACUGCAAAAUAGUAAGUGUCUACCCAAAAGGGUUUAAGGGAUUCGUUUUUGGCAUAUCAGCACAUGAUAAUACUAUGAAGCCGUAGAAAAGGGAGAUCUCUAUAUGUAUUGAUGUGGGGCUGUCUUUAAGAUGUACUGUGGUGUUGAACAAAGCAACAUGCUGAAAAUGUCUUAUUCUUGUAGAAUCAAUAUAGGUAUGUGCUUGUAAAUGCAGUAAGUAUUUUGGAAGUAUACCUAAAAAAGUAGUACAGUGUUUGACUCCAGGAAAGAGCAGAUGGGUGCCAGAGUGAAAAAAGAUAGAUUUUGCUUCUUACGACUUUUGGAUUCUGUACCACAUAACAAUUUUGAUGUAAAUUUUGCUGUGUGUGGUUUUACUUGUUCAUGUAAUGAUUUUAUAAAUUACUCUUUUAGUUUUCUAUCAAUCAAUAUCCUGGGAUAAACCCCUCAUGAUCAUAAUGAAUAAUGAUGUGUGGAGAGUGGGGAGGGGUUGAAUUUUAAAAGUGCAGAAAAUACAAAAAGUGUUUAUAUAUACAGGGGGUGUUAACAUUUUUAUAUUUGCUUCAAGCAUUUUUUAAAAAAAUAAAAGAAAUGCAAUAUUGCAAUUAAA